AUGGAGAAUAAGAAGAGCAAGGAGGUAUCUUUUGGUGGUAAGGAUAUCCAACCCGUCACGAACGUUGAUAACCAGGGCUGGUCCACAACAGCUAAGCCUCUGGAUAUCAAGAAAUUCCAAGGCCAUCGAGCUCAUGCACCAGAGCCCCUGAGCAUCAGCGACGAGGAAUUGGAAGAAAGCAAUUUCCCGCAAAGAGUUACCAAGGUAAGCCUUUCCGACCCAGCUUUCGAUUACGGGCUCGGGUGUUUCGGCAACCCUACCAAGCUAGUCGAAACCGGUAAGCAAGAGCUGGGUGAUCUAUUCUGGACUGAUUUCCACGAGCUAAGGACCGCCGAAGAGCUCCGCGAGGAGGAGCGGGUUUGGAAGAGCGAAGAAGACUGGAUUCGGUUCCAGCGUCUCGCACAGAAGAACGCGGAACCGAAGACGGAGGAAGAGCUCAGACAAUUUUGGGGCAGCCUACGGGGUUUGGAGAAAAAGUCAUACGCUGCCCCUAUCAGGCCCGGGGCCUUAGAAGCAAAGGACUUUCUCGCGAAGCUAGAUGACAUGGAAGCAGCGCAUUCGGAAGACCGAACUGUGCCAUCCACCACCCGUGAUCAUGAGAAUCCUAGAUUGAGUCGCCAGAACUUUAGGGACUGGAUGGAAGCGGCGGACUUUAUUGAGAAUAACGCGUCGAGUUCUAGCGGGACGCGGUAUUAUAAGACCUCGGAAGACUAG